CUCACUGACUGGCGCUCCAAGGUCAUGUAUCUGAAUGAGAGGCCGCUGUGUGGUGACUACCCAUACCCACUCAACUCUCAGCCCAAGAACUACGGCUAUUGUCCACCAGGUAGGUUUGUGUUUCAUGGAUAGACAUUGACAACGUGACCAAAUGUUAUUGGAUAUGUUGCAUGAUAGUGUUCAAGUAGUCCUAAUUGAGCCUUCCAAUACAGUUAUUGCUCUUUUCCUAUUGAGAGGGGUAUAAUUAGCAUAUGCAGUCUAUUGUCAUAGGUCUGUGGAAAGAAGCUAUAACCAAAUAGGCUAAACGUAUCCUGAAUGACGCAAAUAAAUACCUUGUACUAGAUUGGAAAGAUGCGGUUCGGCGAGGCAGUUAUUGGGACGCCGGCGGUAAAAUCGGGGGUGAAACCAAGCUUUCAACUCUUCAAGUCCGGGUGUCGCUCCAGGGUCGCGAGCUAUGGGAACAGUUUGGAGAUAUAGGAACAGAGAUGCUUAUCACCAAAACAGGAAGGUAGGAUGUGUGGAUGGAUGAUAAAUAGCUACCGGUAGCCAUUUAUAAUAAUCCCUUGUCCUAUCUGUGUCAUUUUGUGGGAAAAUAAAGGCUUUUUAAGAGUUAUGCUGUGUUGGGAGUUUAUUAGAGAAAUUAUAUGUUUCUUUCGUAAUGAGAAUUUACCAUUAUAAUUUCAAGGACAAGUUGUAUCGGCUAUCCUGCCGCUCUAUGUGAUUGAAUAAGCGAUUGAGGCGACCUGUUAGUUCAAUCGCGUUCAAAUUUACCGCCUGAUGUUAUAGGCGCAUGUUUCCAAACUGCAAAGUCACUGUGACAGGGUUAAAUUCUCUGGCAAAGUACAUGCUGAUAAUGGACAUGGUCCUGUCUAAUGAAAACAAAUACAAGGUAGGCCUACCUCACAUACCCCUCCCAGCAUUACUGUUUAUUUCUAUUUUGUUAUCUAUUGGCUACCAUGUUUGACAAACAGUUGCAGGGUAGUGAUUGUGUUUAUAGAGCUUGAUAAGCUUUUACUAAUGUAUGCUUGUAUAAUAACUGCAGAAUGUGCUUUUAUUACUGUGUUAUCCAUAUGUAUUGACACUAUACAUCUGUCCUGUGCAGUGGAGUAGGGAUCGCUGGGUGGUAUUACUGAGCCCCACCUUCCCAACUGCUUCUUCAUCCACCCAAACUCAGCCUCCCUGGGGGAGAGGUGGAUGCAGUGCCCAGUCUCCUUCCACAAGCUCAAGCUCAAACUCACCAACACCCUCAACUCCAAUGGCCUGGUGAUUCUCCACUCCAUGCAUAAGUACCAGUCCCGCCUGCAUAUUGUCCAGUCUCCAGACCCCCACAACCCUCUGUCAGGGGACUACCUGCGCUUCACCUUCCCUGAGGCAACCUUCAUAGCUGUCACUGCCUACCAGAACUCAGAGAUAACAAAACUCAAGAUAGGCAACAACCCCUUUGCAAAAGGCUUUCGUGACAAUGGGCUGAACAGAAAAAGGUUCAGAGAAAAGGAAGGUCAGAGCUCUGACAAACUAAAUGAAAGACAACGCCAGAUGGAAUCAAAACCUUCAAAUGAUAGUCACAAAAGGCCUACAGAAUUGUUAAUGUUUGAAACAUCUUACGAUCCAGACCAGUGGAGUCAGAUGAUGAGGCUGACGUUACCGUCUCCAGCUCUAGCUCAUUGGAUUCCCAUGGUGCAGCAGGAUACAGGACUGAUGACAUCACGUCUCUCUCUGCUGCUCCUAACCCCAUCAUCUCUGCCUUCAUGAACUGGGGGGCUGCAAUUGCAGCCCUGCCCUGUGGCCAGGAGUGAUGGGGGGGGGGGGGUCAAGGACCCACAACACAACAGUAGGAUGAUGAAGAUUGUUGGUUUCAGAAACUGUCAAUUUAUUUCUAUCUUAAAAGUGUAUUACAUCAAAUCAGCAGCUAUUCAUUGUGAACGAGAAUCAUAAGUAUUCUUCUUAUCAGUCCAGUAUUUCUAUAGGAUGUUGAUUUGUUAAUGAUUAUGAUAAUCUCACAUUUGUAUUUAUGAUAAAUAAACUAGGCUAAUAAUCUGAAAGUGUACUCUGUUGUUCUAUUUCAGCCCUGGGCAGCAUAAGGAGGCCAGGCAUAAUUGUUUACCAAACGUUGCCUCUCCUCUCUUCCUCCCACACCUUCCAUUGGGCCAGACUCACCACCCAGGGUCUGUUGGCUUCAGGAGGCCCCCGGCACAGAGCAGCAGACCAGUGGGGCCUCACCCACCUCACCACAGAGGACCUGGCGGUCCAGCACCUCACCUCUCCCACAGCAGACCACCACCAGGCCCACCAGAAAUAGCCCCAGCAGGCUGAGUUCGACUACCCCCUACCCCUGACCCCCAAGCUCAGCAGGAUGCACCUCCCUGAGAGCGCCCUGCGUAGCCUGGAGAUCAGCCCAUCCUCUCUCGGUGUCCGGCAGCCCCCGGCCCCUCACUGACGUCCUCAACAGGAUCCACUGCAGGGCAGGGUCUGGGAUCCACUCAGGAAGCUGCUCCAGCCCCAGGCCCAGUAUGAGAAGCCAGGCCUGGGGCUGGACAGGGAGCUCCGGCCACCACAGCCUUACCCACCACUACCUGACCAUGGGCCAGAGUACAUGCCACUCCACAGCAUGAUGCUCUACCACCAUAACAGCUUGAUGGACUCUGUGGGGCCACUAAGAGAUAGCCAUGUGGACGCUAAAGUCCCCUCCUCCUCAUCUCUAAAAUACCCCUAUAAGGCAUCUAUGCUUGACUUGUAUUUUGAUUAACAGAGUAACAAGUAAAGCGAUUUCUUGUUCAGUAAACACAACAGGUCAGGUAGACAUUCACAUUUUGCCCCACCACUUGGCGACCUCUAGUGCCACCUCUGAGUAGAGUUGAGACAAAUGAAUGCAAUAGAGUCAUUCCAAGCUAACUGUAUAGCACAUUUCUCUUUGCUAUGUUAGACGUUGUUUAAAAUGUACAUAUUUUUCAGUUGUAGGAUAGGCAAGUGGUUUGCUAGGAUAAGGAACUGGGGAUUCUUUUGCCCUGACAUUUGAUUUGUAUAAUUAGUAAGGGGAACUAAUAAUAUAUCCAUCAUGUCAGAACUAGAACUCAGUAUGUCACUAUUUAACAUGUUCUCCCUUUCUCUGGACAUCGUAAAUAAAAGUAAAUCAUGUGA